ACAACACAUCUCCAUCCCAACCCUCCCUCCCUCCUCGAAACUCAACUCACCUUAUCUUUGGGAGCUCUUAUACCUUCUCCUCACUUUAACCAGCUAGGAAUCUCAAUCUAUUCAAUAUGGCUGAUCCACAAUUCGCCAAGUAUCCCGAUCUGUCGCUCGCGCAGGACAUCUUCAACAUCUCGAAUCCAUCAUGUGCCUCCGCAGUGCGACAGACCUCUUUCAAGAGACUGCAAGAUGCCAUCACGGAACAUAAAAUGGCUCCCCUCUACCGACACCUCGCACACCCUACGGAAGGAAUCUUGAACACCUCAGGCGAAGGUGUUCCACAGCAACCAUCGACAAACGGCGCCGCAGCUGUGAGCCGACCGGUUAUCACAUCCAACCUGCUUCCAGGACGGAAAUUAUCACAAAAGAUAAGUUUUUCCUGGGAUGAGAAGCUAUAUGAUAGUUUAAAGGAAGAGAAUAAGAAGGAGCUCGAGUCCUUCCAGAAGGAAGAGGAGGAGGCUGCUGAGGCUGCUGGUGAUACAGAGGUGUUAGCAGCUCAAGGCAAACGCGCCGAGUUCUGGGCCCGAGUUGGUGAUAAAGACAAAGCGAUCCAAACCUACGAAGAAGUGCUGGAAAAGACCAGCAUCCUGGGCACAAAAAUCGACUUGGUCCUGGCUAUGAUUCGCGUCGGUCUGUUCUUCGGCGAUAGAGUCUUUGUGAAAAAUACGAUAGAGCGUGCAAAUGCGUUAGUCGAGAGUGGCGGAGAUUGGGACCGCAGGAAUCGCUUGAAGGCUUACAAGGGUUUGCAUCUUCUCACUAUCCGGUCAUACAGUCUGGCUGCACCUCUCCUCCUUGACAGUCUAUCUACUUUUACGAGCUAUGAGCUGUGCAGUUACUCUUCUCUUGUUAUCUACGCCGUUCUCGCCGGUUCACUGUCUCUGAAGCGGGUUGACUUCAAGGCAAAAGUUGUCGAUGCUCCAGAGAUCAAGGCUAUCCUUGGAGAAGGUGAAGAUAUGGUAUCAGCAUUGACAGGUGCUAUUUCUUCUGGACCCGGUGCUGGAGAUGAGGAGAUGAAGGAUGUAUCGAGCGCUACCCCUGGAACUGCAUCGACUGCUAUUAAUCUGACCACCUUGGGCACUGGCUCUGGCGCUCAAGCAGAAGCCGAAAGACCGAUUGACUUCUCCGGUCUGGCCAGCCUUGUUAGCAGCUUGUACAGUGGAAACUACCGAUCGUUCUUUAUUGCCCUUGCUUCGGUUGAGGACACCUUCCUUAGUCAGGAUCGCUAUUUGUAUGAGCAUCGUGCGUGGUUCGUUCGCGAGAUGCGGUUACGGGGUUAUCAGCAACUCUUACAGAGCUACCGAGUUGUCGGCUUGACCAGCAUGGCCAACGAUUUCGGUGUGACUGUUGAUUUCUUAGACAGGGAUCUCGCCAAGUUUAUUGCUGCCGAGCGGAUAUCGUGCACCAUGGACCGCGUGAAUGGAGUCAUUGAGACCAACCGACCAGAUGAUAAAAACAAGCAGUAUGCGGAUCUGGUGAAACAGGGCGAUGCAUUGAUCACGAAGCUGCAGAAGUAUGGACAGGCUGUGCGACUCAGGGGAAGCGAGCGCAGUUAGAUUUAGUCUUGACUGUAUGCUAGUAGUAAUGACAUAAUUGCAUUGUGGACAAUGAUUUUGAC